AUGAGCUUGCUGCCUCGCACCGCUGAGGAGUUCAGCUCUGCGGACUACUGGGAGCGCUUCUUCCGAAAAAGAGGAGAGAAAGCUUUCGAGUGGUACGGAGACUACAACUCCCUCUGCGGUGUGCUGCAUAAAUACAUUAAACCUCGCGACAAGGUGUUGGUGGUGGGCUGUGGUAACUCGGAGCUGAGUGAACAGCUCUAUGAUGUUGGCUACCAUCAAUUAACCAACAUUGACAUCAGCGAGACGGUGGUGUCGCACAUGAACCAGCGGAACGCCGAGCGUCGUCCCGACCUGACCUUCCAGCAGCUGGAUGCCACCCAGACAGGCUUUGACAGCGGGAGCUUCCAGGCUGCUCUGGACAAGGGCACGCUCGAUGCCAUGGCUUCAGAAGAGGACGGUGAACUUGCAGGCAGGAUGCUGGCAGAAGUCGGCCGAGUCCUGGCUGUGGGGGGCCGGUACGUCUGCGUAACUUUAGCCCAGGAGCACGUCAUAAAGCUGGCUGUGGAGCAUUUCGCCCGGGGCUGGGCUGUACGAAUUCACUGCCUUAGCGCACAGCAGACGGCAGAGUCCGAUGCUUCUUUCGCCCUCCCUGUGUUCGUUCUGGUCUGCACUAAGUUCCGCCAAGCGCCUCCGUUUGCGGUGCUCGAGUUGUGUCAGGGGGAGGAUGGGGCUCCCGCUAGACUAGCAUCGGUGCCGGAGCUGUUGUCCGCCGUCAAGGAGAGACAGGCCUACAAUCUCACGCUGCAUAAGCUCAGAGGGGCAACAGAUGCUAGCAGCACACCGUCCCUCACUCUGUGCCAUGCAGCCACCGGCCGGCCACGGUACACUCUGACGGUGCAGGACAGUCUGCCCUCAGCCAAGCUGCCGCGAAGUAAUCACUUCGCCAUCUUUAUCGUUCCUCAGGGCCGCGAGUCUGAUUGGUUAUAUGGCUCCGCUGAAGGCCGGACUCAAUUAGCGUCCAGCGCUAAAUUCAGACGCCUGGUCAUCGUGGCAAUGCAUCGAGAUCAGGAGUAUGAGGACAUGCAGGCUGUCCAAUUGGAGCUCUCUCCGCUUGUGAUGGAGCUCGCGCCUCCUGGGAUGCCAGCCAAUCAGCAGGUGCCGUUCCUGUCUGUAGGAGGAGAUCUGGGAUGGAGGGAAGUGAUCGGGCGAGGGGUCAGUGCUUUGACUGGACAGUAUUCUGUGGAGGAUGUGAGAGGAGAGGACGGUCACCUCUACCGCAGGCUGAUCUUCAUGAACAAUUGCCAGCUGGUCCAGUCGGAGAGCAGGCUCCGGUCUGCCGUCACAGCUUCUGCCCACAAAAAGAAGAACAAGAAAAAAUCCAAACCAUCUGUUACUGAAGCCCCUGCUUUGACGGGUGUUAAAGAUCGCAUCGUGGACAAAGGUUUUCUCUGCUGUACACACCAUGAAGUUAUGGUGGCGGGUUUAGCCAUGUUAGGAAUGGAUGCCGUUAAUAAUAAAGAUCAGCCAGUGUCCGUGUUAUUGGUGGGCCUGGGCGGCGGCGGUUUACCCCAGUUUGUGCAUGACUUUGUGCCGCAUGCACGGGUGGAGGUUGUUGAACUGGACCCAGCUGUGUUGGAAGUGGCUCAGACCUGGUUUGGAUUUCAGACCAACGAGAGGCUGAAAGUUACACUGGGAGAUGGACUGGAGCACAUCAAAACACUGGAGAGUGAGGGUGGAAAUGCUUUUGAUGUCGUCAUGUUUGACGUUGAUAGCAAAGACACCACCCUGGGCAUGAGCUGCCCUCCGCCUGCCUUUGUAGAAACACCACUUCUGAAGAAAGUUUACAGCUUAUUAACCCCUCGAGGACUGUUCAUGUUGAACCUAGUGUGUCGUGACUCGGCUCUCAGGAAGUCGGUUCUUGAGCGUGUUGGAGCCGUGUUCCCGUGUGUGUUCUCUCGUGGGAUCGAGGGUGAAGUCAAUGAGGUGCUGCUGUGCUGCAGAGGUUCAGGAGAGGGCCACAAACCUCACACCAUUCCACAAACAUUACAGCAGACAGCUAAAGACCUACAGAAGACACUGCGUGCCAACACCCAGACCCCACCGUGUGUGCCUCAAAUAGACAUUGCUGCAAUGCUGAGUGACCUAAAAGUCGUCUAAAGAUUGAGAAAGGUUUGGAGCGAAAACCAAAAAUAAUAUAAUAAACAUUUGGUUUCACCAAA